AUGUUCGCCUCCAAAGAACCCACGGAGUCCACAAAGCCCACGGAGCCCAAGAGCACAUCGCCAGAUAAGGUUGUCGAGGCAGCAAUCGAAGAGCAGACGCAAGUCGAGGGAGCUACAGAGCUCACGGAGCCCAAGAGCACAUCGUGGGCAGAUCAGGUUGCUGAGGCAUCAAGCAGCGAAGAUGAGGCAAGCAUCUUAAAGCAGGCUCAAGUUGAUGGAGCUACCGAGACCUUGGGAGGUGGUGCUCUCCAUGAUACUGGUGCAUACGAAGUUGAGGUCAAACUUAGCGAUAUUCAAGACGAUAAAGCUAGUCCUUUAUACUCUGUCGAGACGUUUGAGCAGUUGGGAAUUGACCCUGCGAUCCUCAAGGGACUCUAUUCAAUGAAUUUCAAAAAACCUUCCAAGAUUCAAGAGAAAGCUCUUCCGCUCUUACUUAGCAACCCACCCAGAAACAUGAUUGCGCAAUCACAGUCAGGCACGGGAAAGACUGCCGCAUUCGUAAUCACCAUCUUAUCCCGUCUCGACUUCUCAAAGCCAACUACUCCACAAGCCUUAUGUCUGGCACCAAGUCGUGAACUUGCCCGUCAAAUCGAGGGUGUUAUCAAAAGUAUUGGGCAAUUCGUCAAUGGCUUGACUGUACAAGCAGCUAUUCCAGGUGCGGUGGAACGAAAUGCUAGAGUAAAUUCAAUGGUUAUCGUCGGUACACCUGGUACGGUAAUGGAUCUGAUUAAAAGACAAUCGAUCGACGCAUCUCAGAUGAAGAUUCUAGUCUUGGACGAGGCAGACAAUAUGUUGGAUCAGCAAGGUCUCGGAGAUCAGUGCAUGCGAGUCAAGUCGAUGAUUCGAGUCGAGCAGAUUCUACUCUUUUCUGCAACUUUCCCCGAAGAUGUCUACGGCUUUGCUCAGCAAUUCUCGUCACAGGCAAAUGAAAUCAAAUUGAAGCGCGAUGAAAUUGCUGUGGCCGGCAUCAGACAGAUGUUUAUGGACUGCCAAGAUGAGGGCGGGAAAUAUGAGAUUCUGCGAAGAGAUACUGCCAGUCACAUUGCCGAGCGUUUGACUCAAGAAGGUCACAAGGUCGUCGCGAUUCACGGAGCCUAUGAGGGUUCAGAGCGAGAUUCAGUACUCGAAGAAUUUCGAUCAGGAAAGGCCAAGGUUCUUAUCACUACAAAUGUUCUUGCCCGAGGUAUCGAUGUUCAAGCCGUCUCAAUGGUUAUCAACUACGACAUCCCUAUGAAAGGCCGAUCGGAUACGGAACCCGAUCUAGAAACCUAUCUACACCGUAUUGGCCGAACCGGAAGAUUCGGACGUGUUGGUGUCAGUAUCAGCUUUUGUUUCGGCGCAAAAAGUUAUGAAGCACUCAAGAAAAUCGCACGCCAUUACAAUAUUGAUCUUAUCAGACUUAACCAAGGCGAUUGGGAUGAGACGGAGGACAUCGUCAAGAAGGUUAUCAAGUCAAGCCGUGCUGGUACCAAUCUACAAGCUUGA